GCUCCUAGUAUUCGUGACCCCCUGCCCUGGAUCAAAUUUAGUUAAUUCUUGGGAAAAGAUGGCGGACAUUUUCCUUUCGGCCCGCGCGUUCUGCAAAAUUAUUUUACAUGCAGCAAAAUAUCCUCACUGUGCGAUUAAUGGAGUUCUGCUGGCACGACAGAGAGGAAAAGGAGAUGGCAAGUCCGCAGAAUUACACAUCGAGGACGCUAUCCCACUUUUCCACAUAUGUCUUCACGUCUCGCCUAUGGCAGAGAUCGGCCUUACCUUGGCACAAUACAAGCGAUCUAAGUUUUAAAAAAUGAUCCGCACCCGACACGAUUGAGCUGCGACUGCCUGACACGACCGUUACGUCGUCUGCUAUGACUAAACACGCGGGAAAAAGAGGCGGGCGACGAGGAAGAGACAUAUAACUCAGUUGCAUAGUUGUA